CGAACGCGUUGGUCCGGGCGUCUUCCCCCGCAAAGAUACCUCGCCAUAGCAAGAUUCGGCUGCGGCAUUUCGCACAACACACUUGCCUUCACCUCCGGUCAGCUACGUAUACGCAUCAGCCGUCCGUAGUGCCUGAACUUCGUCCCCCACCUGAUUACUCUGCUUUCAGCCACUGCAAAGCGCUGAGAUCGCGUCACGCUUCGAGAGGUGGGUGAGAGAUAGAAUUCCUUGCCAUCUCUUCCUCUCCAAACACACCACAGGCCGACCGACAUGAACGCACGCAAACCAGCGGCAAGAGCAACCGCAAGGGCAGCAGCAGCAAAAGCCGCAUCGACCUCUCCACAGCACGACAACGCCCACCAACCAGAUUCCCCCACCGUAACCUCCCGAAUCUUCGUAACAGUCGGCACAACCCGUUUCGACUCCCUCAUCACCACCGUAUGCUCCCACCCCUUCCUCACCCUCCUCCUCGACCUCAACUGCUCAUCCCUGACGAUCCAACACGGGUCUAGUCCCCUCUGUCUCACUACCGUCCCGGGUGUCACACCAGCAUCAUCACCACCCGAUACCUCCACCGACCACCACUUCACCUACACAUCCCCAACACAUCCCACCCCCCUCGCAAUCCACACCUACACCUACCACCCAACCCUCCUCCCCUCACUCACCUCCGCAACCCUCAUAAUCUCCCACGCAGGCGCCGGCUCCAUCCUCGAAUCCCUCGCGUUACGUAAACCGCUGCUCGUGGUCGUCAACGAGACGUUGAUGGAUAACCAUCAGACGGAACUGGCGGAGGCGUUGGCGGGGAUGGGCGUUGUGAGGUGGACGAGGGUGGAGGGGUUGGUGGAGUGUUUGGGGAAGGGGGGGUGGGGGGCGAUGAAGGCGUUGGGGGGGAGGGAGGCGGGGAGGUUGGUGAGGGUGUUGGAUGAGGAGGCGGGGUUUGAGUUGCGGUAA